GGGAUUGUGCAGAGGCAUUUCGGCAGAUCCUCCGUGAGCAUGGCUCGGCUCUUCUGGUCCCUGGCUUUGGCCUUCCUGGACCUGCGGCUGUCCAUGGGGGCCAUGGAUUCCUGCUACGACGCAGAAGGGCACGCCCAGCGCUGCAUGCCCACCUUUGAGAACGCGGCGUUUGGGAGGCAAGCUCAGGUGUCGAACACAUGCGGCUCCCCACCGGAGGAUUUCUGCCUCCAGAUGGGCACCAGGGAUUCCAGCACACUGUGCCACCGCUGUGACGCCAGCGACGCUUUGCUCCACCACAACUCCUCCUCCCUGACCGACUUCCACAGCCAGGAAGAGCCCACCUGGUGGCAAAGCCAGUCUAUGGCCUUCGGGGUUCAGUACCCCAAUCCUGUCAACAUCACGCUCCACUUGGGAAAGUCCUACGAAAUCACCUACGUGCGGUUGAAAUUUCACACCAGCCGCCCGGAAAGCUUUGCCAUUUAUAAACGGAGCCGAGCUGAUGGCCCCUGGAUCCCGUAUCAGUAUUACAGCGCGUCAUGCGAGAAGACCUACGGCAAGCCGGAGCGCCAAUACCUGCGGCCGGGCGAAGAUGAGCAAGUGGCCUUUUGCACGGCCGAGUUCAGCGACAUCUCCCCGCUGAGUGGCGGCAACGUGGCUUUCUCCACCCUCGAAGGCCGGCCGAGUGCCUACAGUUUUGACCAGAGCUCCAUUCUCCAGGAGUGGGUGACGGGCACAGAUCUGCUGAUCUCUCUGGACCGGCUCAAUACCUUUGGGGACGACAUCUUCAAGGAUCCCAAGGUUCUGCAGUCUUACUACUAUGCCAUCUCAGACUUCUCUGUAGGGGGCAGGUGCAAGUGUAACGGCCACGCCAGCGAAUGCAUCCCGGACGAAGACGAUCAGCUGGUGUGUCUCUGCCAGCACAACACCACUGGGGCGGACUGUGACUCAUGCCAGCCGUUUUAUCACAACCGCCCGUGGGCACGAGGCACCGCCGAGUCGGCCAAUGAGUGUCUUCCAUGCAACUGUAGCGGCAGGUCGGACGAGUGUUUUUACGACUGGGAGCUGUACCGGCGCACGGGGCACGGUGGACACUGCCAGAACUGCCGGGACAACACCGAAGGGCCGCACUGUGAGCGUUGCCGCCAGAACUUCUACCGCUGGGAUGUCCGGACGGCAUGUCAGCCCUGCAAUUGUAACCCAGCGGGCUCCUUGAAUCCCCAGUGUGACAGUUCUGGCACCUGUGAGUGCAAAAACACAGUGGCGGGCUGGAAGUGUGAGCGUUGCCGGCAUGGAUUCCACUCCCUCAGCGAAGGCGGUUGCAGGCCUUGUGCUUGCGAUGCAGCUGGUAGUGUGGGACAAUGUGACCCAAAUACAGGACGCUGCACGUGCAAGGAGAAGGUGGAAGGGUACCUGUGUAACAGGUGCGAACCUGGUAGCUUCAACCUACAGCUUCAUAAUCCCACAGGCUGCACCAGCUGCUUCUGCUAUGGCCAUUCAACAGCAUGCACAGCCGCUCCAGAGUAUGGAGUUCAUCACAUCUUCUCUGACUUCAACCAAGGACCUGAUGGCUGGAGAGCCGAAACUCCAGAUGGGGAAGCUGUUCCACUGCAUUGGGCUAGAGGAGAGAUCUCCCUGGAGCAAGGAGAACAGGACACGGCUGAUUUUUUGGCCCCAGAGAUGUUUCUGCAUGACCAGCGCUUGAGCUACGGUCAGCUCCUCUCCGUGCUCUUCCACAUCGAAGACCACGCAGCAGCGGAAUCUCCCACUUUCCCCGUCAGGCUGAUUUUGGAAGGGGGCGGCGUUUCAGUGUCGGCCACCUCCCCUGAUGUGGAAGGCAGCGGAAAUGGUACAAACUGUGAAGGACAUAUGAUUACGUUCAGGCUUCAUGAGGCAGAAGCAGGGAUGCAGCCUGCUCUGUCCGCUUUCCAAUUCCAGCGCCUGCUCUCCAACCUGACAGUGCUUCGGAUCCAGGCCGAAUGCAGCCACAGAUCAGGCAGAAUAUCCUUAAAGGAGGUCCGAGUCGUCUCUGCUCUCCCGGGCCUCUCCCCGCCUGCCCUGUGGGUCGAAGAAUGCAUAUGCCCCCAAGGGUACGUGGGGCAAUUCUGUGAGACCUGUGCCCCAGGCUUCAAGCGGGAGGUGCCCUUGGGGGGAGCCUUAACCAGCUGUGUCCCCUGUUCCUGCAACCAACACGGCAGCUGCGACCCCGAUACCGGCCUCUGCCAAUGCCUGGACAACACCGAAGGGCCUUCCUGUGAACGUUGCGCCACUGGUUUCUAUGGCAACCCCUUCAUUGGCCGCUUGGACGACUGUAGGCCUUGCCCUUGUCCCGGCCAGUCACCUUGCACAACCCUCCCAGAGAGUGGAGAAGUGGUCUGUACACACUGCCCAGAAGGACAGAGAGGGCGACUCUGUGAGCUGUGCGAUGACGGCUUUUUCGGGGACCCCCUGGGAAGAAACGGUCCAGUCCGCCUUUGCAGCCCCUGCAGAUGCAACGACAACGUGGACCCUAACGCCGUGGGCAACUGCGACACUGUUUCGGGCCGGUGUCUACGCUGCCUGUACAAUACGUCAGGGGAACACUGCCAGAGGUGCCAGAAGGGCUUCUAUGGGAAUUCAUUGGCCACCAACCCUUCAACAAAGUGUGCGCCCUGCAAGUGCAACGCCGGAGGCUCGGCCCACGGUCCAGAAACUUGCGACGAUGUCUCCGGUCAAUGCACCUGCCUUCCCCACGUGACUGGCCGGGAUUGCAGCUGGUGUCAGGAGGGUUAUUUUGACCUGCAGGCCGGAAGGGGCUGCAAAAGUUGCCAAUGUAACCCGGUGGGAGCCCAACACAGCCGUUGCCACCCCUCCACGGGGCAAUGUGUCUGCCAUACAGGUGUGGAAGGAGUGUCAUGUGAUCGAUGCCAAGCUGGUUUCUUCGGUUUCUCCUUCCAAGGUUGUCGAGCCUGUAACUGCUCCCAGCUGGGAUCUCUCUCCCUCCAAUGCCAUGAGAACAGCACAUGUGUUUGCAAAACAGGCUUUGUGGGUUACAAGUGCGAUCGGUGUGAAGCAAACUAUUUCUAUGACCCUGGAAGCCAACAGUGCCAGGAGUGCCCGCUCUGCUACAGUCUCGUCAAGGAGGAGGUGGACAAGCUGAAGGCCACGCUGUCCAAGAUGGAGUCACGGUUGCAGAAACCGAACUGCGGCCAGCCAAAGGGGCCUUAUUACGAUGCUGUGCUGGAGGAGGCAGCUCGAGGAGACAACCUCCAUGGCCAUUAUCUGCUGAAAGGUGCCAAAGCGGCUUUCCUUGGAGAGAUCGCCGAGCUGGAUAAAUUGGUCCGUGAUGCACAGAGCCGGCUGAGCAACACCAGUGGGAUGAUUGGCUGUGAUGGCUACGGAGGCACCAAGGCCUGCAUCCUCCUCUCCGACAUCCAGUCCUCCCUGCAGUCCACGCAUCGAGAAAUCCAGCUGGCUUCCGAGACACUGACUGCAAUGGAGCUCCCUCCUGAGAUUUCGCACCAGCCCACAAACUGGAGCAGCCGUGCACUGGAUUCGAAGAUGCUGGCCUGGAGCCACUCGGAGGCGGCAGCCUUGCUGGAGGAUACUGCCCAAAGGGCGAUGCUCGUGUCCAAUGCAAGCUAUCUCCUUCUGCGGAGCAUUGUAGAAGACAAUACUACAGUGGAGUUCAGGAGACAGAUGGAAGAGAGGUACCAGAGAAUCCAAAACGCACAGGGGUUGCUGGGCUCCAAGAUGGAAGAAUCUACAGCCCAAGCCAAGAAAGCCUUUGCUUCCAUCCAUCGGACCAACGUGGCGAUGGCAAAAAACCUCUCAAGGGUCACCACCUUGGAACUGCGCCCUCUGGUGCAGCAAACAGAAAAGCUUAAUCAGGCUGCCAAUGAAUCGAAGCGGCUGGUAGACCUGGGAGAACGGCUGGUAGCCAACGGAUCCCUCACUAUACAGGCUGAGCUACAGGGGGAGCUACAGAGGAUGACGCAGCUGGAACAGUUUUGGCAACGGACCAGUGAUGCCCACGCACUGGCAGCUUCGUCGGUCUCGAACGGGGAAACGGUGGUCUCCGAAGCAAAGUCGUUGCUAAACAGCUUGAAUGGGAUGAAGAAGGUGGUGGCACGUCACAGGGGCCAGAACACCCUGAGCAGGAAAAUGGCUGUUGUACAAGGCAGGACGAUAACAGAGGCCCAGAAGAAGGUCAGGCAAGCGCGGAGAGUGCUGGGGGAUUCGGUCUCAGUCUCUGCCAAGGCCCAGAAAAUUGCCAGCGAUGGAGAGUCAGUCACCCAGGAAGGUGCCAAGGCGGCCCAGGACAUGCUGAGAGAUGCCAAGCGGGAGAGGACGCGUGCUGGGAAACUUACGGCACAAGUAGCUCUGACCAUGGCAGAAAUCUCCAGGCAGGAGCAAGAGUCCGAAAAACUAGGCAGCGAGCUUGGCAAAUCCGGCAUGGUUACGGUGGAGGUGAACAAUAUCUCCUUGAGCCUCCGAGAGAUGCAGCACUCCUUGCAGACGGACAUUGAGUCUCUCAAGAACCUGCUUGCCAACUUAGGCAACCUGGAUGAAGCUACCCAGUCGGAGGCUGUGCUGGACGCGGGCCGAGUCCAGCUGGAGCGCUUACAGGUGCGUCUUUCGGGGUCUGGGGACCUCGGGCAGAAGCUGAGCACCUUGCAAGAGGAGGCUGAGCAGCAGCAGCAGCGGAUCGAGGCCUUCGAGACGGACCUGGAGGAAAUCCGGAGUGACAAGCAAAACCUGGAGGCGAUUCUCCGGACCUUGCCCGAAGGAUGCUCAAGCUGGAAGUGAAGCAGCCGGUCAAGCCGUCCAGAGCUCGGUCCGUCCAAAAGACCGAAGAUCGAAGCGCAGUGGAGGCUGGUGACUCCCAUGUCAGUGGGUCCGUGAAUCCGCUCGGAGUUUCAUUCAGAACCAAU